CGGCGGCGGGCCACUCACGGCGGGCCACUCACGAAUAAAGGGGGAUAGCAGGCGCAGCCUACUAAGGUGGCGGGUGGUGGUCGAGAUGCGUACAGAAUGAGCGGGGUCACAGCUACGUCGUUGCACUUCCCGCUGGACGUGCGCCUUUUCUCUCUUUUCCUUCGUGAACGUAGGUGAGCGGGACUGUUUUUAACGCAUCAGCGCACGAGGUUCUUCUCCUUCCUUCUCUUGUUGAACUGAACGCUUCCCUGUGUGUGCUCUCAUUAGCCGUGUUUCUCUCUCUCUCUCUCUCUCUCUCUCUCUCUCUCUCUCUCUCGUAGUUAAUUAGUGUGAUUGGCAUCAUCGUAUAUCUGUAGAUUGGUGCAGAUGUGAGGGACACGCCAUAUCCAGAAACUAGGUCGAAAAAUACAGUUCGUUUUUUUAUUCGAGAUCUGUGCGUUGCUUCCGCUAUUCUCGGAGACCAAGGCGGGGUCAUUAAGCUGGCGUACCCGAUCUACAUGUAAAGUGAGUCGAUUUGCUGAGUGAUCGUUGAGGAGAUUGAUCGGACCGGCUCGCCGGAGUCCUGUUUGAUCAAACGGGAACUCCAUGAUGGCUGGUAAUCUCGAUGAAGACCGUGCCCCGUUCCAUGGCCGAGGCCCAAAGAGUGGGCGAAAAGGUGUGAAGUGGUGUCUUAUAGGGGCUUGCGUGAUUGCCGUUGUCGUUGUGCUGAUCGUCGGGGUUGCUGUCGGUGUCAGGAGGCACAACGGUAAGAAGGGCGGCAACGCGCAAAAUUCUGCACUGACGGUUGGCGAUGCGGUGAACAAGACGUGCUCAGGGGCCGAUGACGUCGAUCUGUGUGUGCAAACCCUACUUUCCAGCUUCAACCAAAGCCACGUGAGCAUUAACGGCACAGUGGACUUGAUGACGUUAGCUUCCUUCCCUCGCAGGCUUCUGAAUGCUACCCGUUCGCAAAUGACCGUCGUGCAGCAGGGGAUUGACGAGCUAGUCUUGAGCGCGCGCAACACCUCGUGGGAGCGUGCUGCUCGCGCCUGCAACGCCAGCUUGUACGACAGCCUCCCCAUGCUUGAAGAAAUCGCCAGUGCGACGGACCAGAAGAACUACGACGCCGCCAAAGAAGGGCUUGCUGCGUUGAGAACGGAGACGGCGGAUUGUGCGGAGGCGCUCUUCGAGGCGUUGAAUCUCCCGCUUAACGUUUCCAGCUCGCCGGACUCCGUCAAUGCGUCAUUUACCACGGCGGACGGGUUGUUCUCCGGAAGCCUCGGGGCGACGCUGUACAACUCCACGGUGGCGUUUUCGUUCCAUUUGUCGAACGCUUUGACAGUGAUAACAAACGCGGACCAAGGUGCGGGAGCGUUCGCGGGGAGGCGGAGGCUUUACCGAAGGAGACUCCUUGCGCAGGCUGAAGUCGAUCGCAACGUGGAACCAAACUAUGUUGUCAGUGCGAACGGCGAUGCGGAGUUCAAGAAGGUUCAGGAGGCAGUUAAUGCGGCAGUAAAUCUUCGGUAUCGGAAACCAGACGGGCGGAUCGUGAUCAAGAUCAUGGCAGGCGAGUACAGGGAGAAGGUUCUCGUUCCGAAGGACCUCUGGGGGCUGACGGUCAUCGGCGACGGAGCGACUAGGACCACGAUUGUGUGGGACGAUUACACGAAUCCAAUGAACACAACCGGGCUGCGCACAAGGGAGACGUCCACCUUCGCCGUGGAGGGGCGCGGAUUUCUUGCUUUGGACUUGACCUUCAAGAAUGACGCCGGCCAGAGCGAAACCGUGCACCAGGCUGUCGCUCUCCGUGCGACUCUCCGCAGUCUGAGCAAGGGGGAGAACGCUAUGGGAGACGGGCUGGCGGCUUUCGUAGGCUGCUAUUUCCUUGCAAACCAAGACACCUUGUAUUCGCACAGCGGCUGGCAGUACUACUACCAGUGCCGUAUCGAUGGAACGGUCGACUACGUCUUCGGCAACGCUGCGGCGGUGUAUCAGGAAUGCGAGCUGAACAGCAUCCGUACAGUCGGGCAAAACACUGUCACCGCGCAAGGACGAACGAGCGAGAGCGAGCCAACUGGGUUCGUAUUCCGGGGUUGCAGCGUGGACAAGGAUAGUGCCGACCAGCACGUGUUCAUGGGUCAAAACCAUCCUUAUCGCUUCGUGUAUCUGGGCCGUCCAUGGAAGCCGUUCUCUCGGGUCGUCUUCAUGUUCUGCGAGUUGGGCGGCAUCGAUCCCAAGGGAUGGCUGAUCUGGACGACGGUGGGCAGGGGCUCGGAUAAUCACGAGACGGCACAGUACUACGAGUACAAGAACCGCGGGCCCGGUGCUGCCACAGAGCAGCGCGUCGCGUGGAGCCGUCUUUUGUCGGACGAGGAGGCGGAGGACUACACGGUGGAGAAGUUCAUCCAUGGAGAUGAAUGGCUCGUUCAGGUCGGUGUACCGGCCAAGAUAUGGGGGUGAUUCCGACGAAGGGUUAUAUGAGUGUCGUGACGUUCUGUCAAGCACAUGGCAGGUCACCACCACCACUUGAAGGCCACUCGCCCACCUACCUUAAAACUUUUCUUUUGAUGCCAGCUACUUGCUGAAUCCGUUGUUUAGUGUCAGUUAGUGCGCGCUGUGCAAUGUAUAGGGAUCGAAUCGUGGGGUUGUUCAUUCUUUGGGAGAAUUUAGUCACGGAUACUCGUCCUUUACCCACCGCGCAUCGGGGUGUAUGCCCUCUGGGCAUUUCUCUCUUCCAGUAGCGAAAUCGAUCGCUAACGGAGCAGAUUUUUCCUCUCGAUGUCGGCGCCGCACGGCUUGGAGAGCCGUUGUCGGCCUUUUCUGUUGGUAGUCCAUUUCUACGUCGCCUACGGUUAUCGAUGAACGAGUUCGGUUAUCUCCUUAAUUCUCUGUACGUGGCAGAACGACCGACUCUUUGCCGGUAAUCGAGAUCCACGGUGAUUACCUUCACUUAUCUUUCUUCUGGUUGUUUUUUGCUCAUGAUUUUUCUUCAGAAGUACGCGACUUCUUUAGACGUACUCAACCGCAGAUCUCGAGUUAUCGAGGUAUUCGCGGGACUCUGGACCCGGUAUCCAGCAAGUGGAUAUGUCCACGAAUAGAUCGAAGAGGAGACUCUAUUGGGGGCAAUGGGAGGGGAGACGAGGCCAGGUCCUUCCUCCAAUGGUGAUCUAGCAUAUGAUUUUAUCCGAGGUGAGGGGGGGGUGAGGGGGGGCUUGGGUAACGAAAUUGCGAUCGAACGUACCUCCAGAAAGGGCCUAAAAACUGUGUUUCAUUCAUCCUCGAUUGGCCGAUUUGAUCGCCGACUCGGGUACAAACCUCGGCCUCGGGAUUUUAUCGCCGACGCGCAUCAGUAGUUUUUGUUCAUUUUUUAGGUCUCAUUUGAGGCAGAUUGCAGCUAGGGUUGUGUGUCGAGGAUACAGGUCCUUUUAUUAUUUAUGAUAAAGAUUGAUUCUUUCCACUGUGCGAUCGUCCUUGAAUCAGAAGUUUUGGUAACUCGUUCGGCAGCGGCCUGCCACUGCGGACACCCGCACGCAGGGCAUUCAGUUUGAUCAUGCAUCGCGUACUAGCAGCCCGCUAUUGUUCUGUGAAUCUGUGGAGACGCGGUUAUCUGCUCUUGUUGGUGAACAUUGCGCCUCGUGUUGUGAGAUGUCCACUAUAGCUUCAAUCGUCUAUCUUUCGGUGGCAGAGUGACCUAUGCGGAGACGGACGGAAGAUAGGCAGUUAACAAACACGCUCAAGGUAACAGAAUUUGUUUACAGCGGGCUGAUUCGAUGUCAAUCUUUUUAGCAAUAAACUUGGUCUACUUCGUAUUCGUCUGUUCGAGUUCCAAAGCCGGUUGUAGAGGCAGGUAUAGACAGUUCGGUAACCUCGAUUGUUGGUCGGCAUUUUAAGUCACGCCGGCCUGGGCGAGGGAUGUGAAAUGGAAUGAAAAAUGCCAUUUGUUACUUGCAGAGAUGUAUCCCUUCAGGUUAUGGGUGCCAAUUUAUCAUCGUGAUUUCCGUAUUUUGCGGUCCAGGCCCCAUGUUACACGGCUGAAAUCGACCGAGUGAAAUAAACCCUGUUCAGUUGCCGAGGAUGGUGAUGUGUUUUUCUUUUAUUGGUAUGUAUGUGUGUGUGUGUGUGUGUGAGAGAGAAAAAAGAGAAAGAGAGAGAAAGGGAGAGAGAGAGAGAGAGACAGAUAUAGAUAGACACAGAGAGAGAGAGAGAGAGAGAGAGAGAGAGAGAGAGAGAGAGAGAGAGACAGAGAGUGAGAGAGACUUGAAGGCGUGCCCUGAGUACCCAUAGCUGGGUGUUCAUUUCGAGUAGUCUCUUCUCUCUUCUGGAGAUAGCUCUGUUGAAAUACAGACCUGGGGCCUCGUCCAACAUCCACCGUUGAUUAGUCUAGAUCAUUGUUGUACCGUGGUCACUGCGAAUUAGACAAUAAAACGAACACUGCUUA